AUGUCUGACGGACUUUUAGAAUACAUACUCGUGGAUUUCAACCGAAAGCUUUCCACAGCUUACGGUAUCAAAGAAAUUGAGGACAUUGAACCUACGGUGCUCAAAUGGAUAGAGUUUCUUGAAAC